AUGAAGUUAAACUCUGCUACUGAUGCUUUAAAUGUUCCAAUUGAUAAUUUAUCUCAAGAUGUUAAAACUUUAUGGUCUGAAAUGACUUUAAAAUUCCCAAAUGCUGUUUCAAGUUUAGAAUUUUGGUCAAAACCAAAACCUUUUACUAAAAAAUUAAAUGGUUGGGAUUUCCAUGUUAAUAAUGAGAAUUUACCAAACCAUUCCCUUAGAGUUAAAAAAACUCCAGAAUCUUUAGGUGUUGAUAAAGUUAAACAAUAUUCAGGUUAUUUGGAUGUUGAAGAUGAAGAUAAACAUUUCUUUUAUUGGUUCUUUGAAUCAAGAAAUGACCCAAAAAAUGACCCAAUCAUCUUGUGGUUAAAUGGUGGUCCAGGUUGUUCUUCAUUAACUGGGUUAUUCUUUGAAUUGGGUCCUUCGUCAAUUGAUGAAGGUAUUAAACCAGUUUAUAACAAACAUUCCUGGAAUUCAAAUGCUUCAGUUAUCUUUUUAGAUCAACCUGUUAAUGUCGGUUAUUCUUAUUCUUCAAGCUCAAUUACUGAUACUGUUGCUGCUGGUAAAGAUGUUUAUGCAUUUUUAGAAUUAUUUUUCCAACAAUUUCCUCAAUAUAAAGAUUUGAAAUUUCAUAUUGCUGGUGAAUCUUAUGCUGGUCAUUAUAUUCCAGUCUUUGCCUCUGAAAUCUUAUCUCAUGAAGAAAGACAAUUCAACUUAUCUUCAGUUUUGAUUGGUAAUGGUUUAACAGAUCCUUUAACUCAAUAUAAAUAUUAUGAACCAAUGGCUUGUGGUGAAGGUGGUGAACCUUCAGUUUUACCAGAAGAAGAAUGUGAAGCUAUGCUAAAUUCUCAAGAUCGUUGUUUAUCAUUGAUUGAAUCUUGUUAUGAAUCUCAAUCAGUUUGGUCUUGUGUCCCUGCUGCAAUUUAUUGUAAUAAUGCUCAAAUGGGUCCAUAUCAAAAAACUGGUCGUAAUGUUUAUGAUAUUAGAGAAAUGUGUGAAGGUGGUUCAUUAUGUUACACUGGGUUAGAAUAUAUUGAUAAAUAUCUGAACAGAGAUGAUGUUAAAGAAGCUUUAGGUGCUGAAGUUGAUAAUUAUGAAUCUUGUAACUUUGAUGUCAACAGAAACUUUUUAUUUGCUGGUGAUUGGAUGAAACCAUAUCAUAAAGCUGUUACUGACUUGUUGGAAUCAAAAUUACCUGUUUUAAUUUAUGCUGGUGAUAAAGAUUUCAUUUGUAACUGGUUAGGAAAUGAAGCUUGGACUAAUGUUUUACCAUGGUCAGGUGCUGAUGAUUUUAGUUCUGCAAAAGUGAAAUCUUGGAAUGUUAAAGGUAAAGAAGCUGGUAAAGUUAAAAACCACGAAAAUUUCACAUUCUUGAGAGUCUAUGGUGCUGGUCAUAUGGUUCCAUAUGAUCAACCUGAAAAUUCAUUAGAUUUCUUCAACAAUUGGAUUGGUGGUAAUUAUGCUAUUAACAACUAA